AUAAAGAUCAGUUAUUUACCACGUGUUUAAAUAACUUACAAAUAAAAUUGCAAGUUGUUUUUGAAGAAGAUGGCAAAGCUGUAUGUCCAUUUGGUAAAAAGAAGUGAAGAAGACUUUAUACUAGCCGGAUUAUCAGAAGAUAAGAAGCUAUGGUGUACUCUACCUGAUGAUCAGCAGGACUUAUUGCAACACAAGGUACUGUGUUCAAAAUCUACCGUAAAAAGUGCGAUUGCAUCAAUCAAACCAAUUAAAGGUUAUCGUAAAAUAGGACUUAAAUUGGACGAUGACCUAAAAAGAGAAUACUUUGACAAAGAUGAUAAUUUGUGUUUCAAAAAUUCUCCUCUGGAAGAAUCUCUCGUAGUAUCAGAUACAAGCUGGUCCGAAAGAGAAAUUAUUUUAGCCAAGAAAAUUGAGGAGUUAGAAAUUAAAUUAAUUCAGAGAGAUGAAAACAAAUUGCAAGAUGUUGAGAAGAAAUUUAUUUUACAAAAGUUUGACAAAACACAAAAUCCUACUGAAUGGUUCUCCCGAUUUGAGAGUGAGUGCGCAAGAAACAAAAUAAACAAUAUGCCACAGGUUAUUGAAGCGCUACGUUUUUUUUUAACUGGAUCCGCGAAUCGGUGGUAUGAUUCAAGUUUAAAAAAAAUAGGUUUGACUGAUUUACAUACAUGGCGAAAUUCUUUUCUAACUGUUUUCGGUGAUAAAGGCUGGAUUGAAGUGAGGAAAGCAUAUAACUUCAAGUAUUUAGGCGGCUCUCUAAUAGAUUAUGCUGUAACAAAAGAAAAUUUGUGUUUGGAAAUAGAAAGUAAUAGUACCUUGGUUUCUAGAAUAAACAUGAUUGUUAUUGGGCUACCAAUUGAAGUCCAAAAUGAACUAGAUCGGGAAGAAAUAAAUUCCAUCGAAAAGUUAUAUACUGCCUUGAGAAAAUUUGAUAAUCAAUACCAACGUGUAAGAGAGUAUACCUCGAAUGAUAGGACUGAAAAGGUAAACACAGGACUCCCACCUAAAAAGAAACAGACUGAGGUACAAACAAAAAGUCCAUGUUAUAUGUGUGAGACAUUGGGGUGGAAAAACCGAUUUCAUCCUACGUAUGAAUGUCGUAAUAAAACGUUAUAUACUCAGAGAAAAGAAUCGAAUUUUAUGGAAACAAAACAGAAUUUGGACAGUAUGGCUAAAAUGAUGAAAACAAAGUUCGACGGAAACACGUUAAACUAGAGAGCCCGGGGAAAUUGAU